AUGGACAUGGACAUGGACAUGCCAGCAGUCUUUUCAACCUCAACUCAAAUCACAAUCCUCUUCACAGGUUGGACAACCUCAACCACGACCCAAUAUGUCUUCACAUUAACCUUCCUCUUCCUCCUCGCCAUUUUCAACCGUUUCCUCGGCGCUCUCAAAUUCCAGCUCGAAAAAUCCUGGUCUCGAUAUACGACCCCUCAAACUCUCCUUCUCGCUCCAGUCAAUACAAAAAACAUACGCAAAGCAAAGCUCAGUCCUAUUCCGGACUACAUUCGUGUGCACGGGGACGAGUCCGAGGAAGAGACGUUACCAACUUCAAAUGUCAAUGAAACAAGCACGUCAAUAAGGAACUUCAAAAGAGAUGCCCGGAAUAAAUCAUUGAAACGACUGCUUCCGUCGUGGAAGGCCAGUGGAACAUGGAGUCUUCGGAAAGAUGGGACUCGUGCGUUGCUUGAGUGUGUUAGGGCUUUGAUUGGAUAUUUCUUGUGA